GAGAAAAACCCAAAAAAAAAAAAAAAAAAAAAAAAAGUCGAAUUUAUGAUUGGCAUAAACUACAUUACUAAUUAUAGAGACAACUAAACAAAGCACCGUACCCUCAAGGCCUCAAGUAAGCUUCCCUGCACUUGGCUGGCAAUGAUGGCACUCCGUAUAAGUUAAGAAGAUGCCAGAAAUCACAGCUUUGUUAUGAAUCAAGUGAAGCAAAUCCACGCAUUUUCCCUCAGAAAUGGCUUCGAUUACGCCCAAAUCCUCAUCAAAAAGCUCCUCAAAAUCCCCAACAUUUCUUAUGCACACCAACUGUUCGACUAUAUUCCUCAACCAACAACCAUCCAAUUCAACAAGCUUAUUCAAGCUUACGCUUCCCAUGGUCCUCAACAACAAUGUUUCUCUCUCUAUUCUCAAAUGUAUCAACGCCAUUGCUCCCCUAAUCCUCAAACUUUCACCUUCCUUUUCGCCGCCUGCGCUUCGCUCUGUUCUCCUCACCUUGGCAGGAUGAUCCACACUCAUUUCAUCUUAUCUGGGUUUAAAUUUGAUGUAUUUGCAACAACUGCAUUGGUUGAUAUGUAUGCUAAGUUGGGUUUAUUAGAAUAUGCUCGUAAUCAAUUUGAUCAUAUGCAAUAUAAAGAUGCACCCACUUGGAAUUCUUUGAUUUCUGGGUAUGCUAGGUGUGGAAAGAUGGAGGAAGCAGAGAAAUUGUUUCAGUUAAUUCCAUUGAAAAAUGUGAUUUCUUGGACUACAAUGAUAUCUGGGUAUUCUCAAAAUGGGCAGUAUUUGGAUGCUUUAAACACCUUUUUGUCCAUGGUGAAGGAAGAAGGGUUGGAGCCUAAUGAGGUUAGUGUAACUAGUGUUCUUCCAGCUUGUGCUAAUCUUGGAGCAUUGGAGAUUGGGGAGAGGAUUGAGAAGUAUGCGAGGCGAAACGGUUACUUGGAUAAUCUGUUUGUCUGCAAUGCCUUGUUGGAGUUGUAUUCAAAAUGUGGUAAACUUGAUAGAGCAAUGCAGUUGUUUAAUGAGAUUCGCGACAGGAAGAAUCUGUGCUCUUGGAAUUCAAUGAUGAUGUGUUUUGCUAUACAUGGAAGACAUGAAGAAGCUCUUCAUUUGUUUCGUUUAAUGUUGAGAGAAGGGAUGGUGCCCGAUUCUAUAACGUUUGUAGCGGCUCUAAUGGCUUGUACACAUGGUGGCAAGGUUGCUAAAGGCCAAGAAUUAUUUGCAUCAAUGAAGGAUAAGUUUGGUAUUAUUCCAAGGUUAGAACAUUAUGGUUGUAUGGUUGAUCUUCUAGGGCGUAAAGGGAAGCUCAAUGAAGCUUAUAACCUUAUACAAACUAUGCCAAUGAAGCCUGACUCUGUGAUAUGGGGCACCCUUUUGGGGGCCUGCAGUUUCCAUUGUAAUGUAGAGGUGGCAGAGAAGGCAGCAGAGGCACUUUUUGAGCUUGAGCCGUGGAAUUCAGGGAAUUACGUCAUUCUCUCUAACAUAUAUGCUUCAGUGAAAAGAUGGGAUGGGGUGGCAAAGCUGAGGAAGAUGAUGAAGGGAAGCCAAAUUAUAAAAGCAGCUGGCUAUAGCAGUAUUGAAGAGGCAGAUCAAAUUCAUAUGUUUAUUGUAGAGGAUAAAUCACAUCCAAAGUCAUAUGAGAUAUACACUGUGCUGGAAAAUGUAUACCAUGAGAUAAUGAAGAGUGGAGAUGAUAUUGAACUGGAUGCUUAAUUUCAUAAAUUUCAAUACAGCAAAGUUUUCUUGUGUCA